AUGGAGAUCCCCGAAGUCAACAUCUUCACCCCCGUUCACGACGUAUACCCUCUAAUCGACCCAUCGCCGCACUUCACCUCGCAAACCUACAAAGACCAAGUCGUCAUCAUCACGGGCGGCUCCAAAGGCAUCGGCGCCACCGUCGCGCUCUUCUACGCCAAAGCCGGCGCCAAACUCGUCCUCGUCGCGCGCAACAUCAGCGAUCUCGAAGAGCGCAAGGCCGCGAUCGAGAAGGACGUCCCCGGCGCCGAGGUGCUCGUAGUGUCCGGCGACAUCUCCGACGGCGAGGUGGGGAAGCGAGCUGUGGAGGGCGCUGUAAAGAGGUGGGGGAGGGUCGAUGUUGUUGUGGCCAAUUCUGGGGUCGGUCAGGGUGGUGCGGAGAAGUUCCACGAGAAGGACCCGUCCGAAUGGUGGUACACGCAGGAGGUGAACGUGAAAGGCACGCUCAACAUCGUGCACGCUGCUAUCCCCGAGCUCCUCAAGACGAAGGGCCAGGUGAUCGUCGUCACCUCCCAACUGGCCCAUGCGCGCGUUCCCAUGCUCGCCGACUACAACAUCAGCAAGCACACCAUCAACCGCUUCGUCGAGAUCCUCGCGCUCGACUACCCCGAGCUCUCGAUCUACAGCGUCCACCCCGGCGUCAUCCUAACACCCGGCUCGUCCGACUUCACGGUGCGGAUGGGCAUGCCGAAGGACGCCAUCAAGAUGCCCGACACGGCCGAGCUGCCCGCUGCGACGUUCCUCUGGCUCACCGCGCGCAACGCGGAGUUUCUCAGCGGCCGAUAUGUCCAGGCUACGUGGGAUCUCGGCGAGGUGCUGGCUAAGAAGGACGAGAUCGUACGGGACAACCUUCUGGUAACGAAGCUUGCGGGCCCCACCAAGUGA